AUGUAUACUCGAGGUCAGUAUUCUGUUACUGCGCUUUGUUUUGUUUCAGGGGAAAUUGCGCACUUUGUAGGCUUUGCCACCGAGGGCGGCCGAAAUAACGCCGGCCAACUGCUACCCAUCUCACGGACAAAUUAGUGGGCUUGUAGUCAUUAGAAAGUGCCAUCGUAUUGCCCCUCACAGUGCAUGCAAAGGUUAGGAGGAUUCGUGUAGCUUUGAUUCCUGAGGGGGUACGAUUGUGUAUAUGUUACAAAGUCAUAUCAAAAAGGGGCUUCUGUAAUAUUAAUUCGACCAAGACCUAGAACCCCAAUUUAGCCGUUCUCAGGUACUGCGUCCUGACCCGGUCCCUGCCAUCUGCUAUUAGAAAUGUUCAACCGCCCCUUGUUGUCAGAACAGAGUGUGAGCUUUCGGCCUUAAUUCUGAGCUUUAGACUGUUGUCCUCGAUGCCGAUACGGAGAAGAAUCUAUUGUCAUUCUCUUGUCAUUUUUCGUUAAAAAUAUCGAUCACUCAGGCCAGGCCAGUGAAGGCAUUGGUCGAAGCUCUCACUACGGAAGUCAGCGCUUUCAGCUUACUGGUUAUCGGCCACAGUGAGCCGAGCCUUCUUCCAUACCGGCAGGGACAAAAUCAAACUUAGAGUCAGUCUGGCGUUCGGGGUCUUCGUUCAAAUCCGUCGAAACCUUUGAAGUUGGCAUAAGAUCAGUUGGAAGGCCAAGUUGCUACUUUAGGCGACUUCUGUAGGGAUGCUCCUUUAAUCUCCCUCGCGCUCAGAAGGUACGCAUCUGCUGAAAGUGUGUGGUCAGUCAUGCUCGCGCUCCCUCCAGCGAAUUCUUUUCGCCAAUUGCAUCUUCACCGAAAGGCUACUUUGUUGGCCACGAUAAUAAUUUGUCAGCUGGUCCCUCCUUACUAGCCGACUGAGGAGACUCAGCCACGUCUCAAACACGAGAUUGUUUUGGAUCGUUGAAGUACUGUUUUCCAGGAAGAAAUCUGAAUAAGUCGAUGUCUUGGAUGUCUCGCCCACCCUCCCUCCCUCCCCCUCCGCCCUCAUGACAGCUUUGGCGUGACCAACUUGACGGCUGACGCAUCCAUGACCUUUCGGUGUGCGGGGUCGGUGUGCCUAGUGGCUCGGAUUCGUUUGGUUGUUGACUGCCCACCGGUCGUCAUUGAAGACGGUCAUCUACGACUUGAAGCACGGUCAAAACUGGUCCGCAUCGGGGAAGUGUAAGACCUUCAGCAAGCUGUACUGUUAAAAAACGUCAGCACAUUCUUCGCAUCGCUGUCCGCAAAUUAGUAAUACCCCUUUACUAGAUUGGUACAAAGCAAGAUCGGUGGUUUGACUGGAAGAACGAAACUUAGUUGAGGGGGCUCAUCUACCUGGCAACAGGUCGUGCACUGUAAUUAAACGAAGUGUCAAUAUUCUUACUUCUCAGGUAUCUGGGCUCUAUGGCAUGGCCACUCACGUGAGAUUCGAGCCGACCCCUUUUGUUCUGGGAAAAUCUGGUGCAUGCUCAUGAGACGGGUUGUGUGUGGUACGCGUACACAAGCCGUUUAGAGUCUUCGGCCACUGACCCCGAUUCCAUCUCAGGUCGCUCUGACUUAGUCUUGCUACCAGGUCUAGGAAGGUGAGGGAGGAGUGAGUGAGGGAGAUGCUGUACAAGUCCGCUGCCACUAUAAACUAGUUCACACCCAAGGUCAUCGUCAAUGCACCCACCUUACUGUUGGGCACUCGGUGGACAUUUUCGUUCGCCACGGUCGGCUAACAAAUAUAAGGGAAAUUACGUUUGUAUCCUCUAUUUGAGGGACAGCUUUUCAGUCCGCACCGGUAAAUCCUUUGCCGUGUUGUCACUAUCCUGUCCCGUAAUGUCGGAGCAUUUUUAGCAACAGAUUUAAAUGCAUGCUAAAAAUAUUAAUCGAGAAGUUAGGAGUUCCGGCGUUUCGUCUUUACGUCGCACACUGCGCUGCUUUUUACCCACCACGUGUUGGUUUCGCCGAAUUUGUGCAGCUUUUAACAGCCACAUACCUCAUCUAAAUUUCCGCUCUGCCAAAGGUUCCCCGUCCGUCCUAAUAAGCUUCACUUUGCCUGUUUCUCCACUUUUAGUCGACUGGCGAGUUCGCCCAUUAGGACUCUUCGUGAAGCACUGGGCACAGAAAAUGGACAUUCAUGACGGUAGCCGGGGUCGUCUCUCCACUUAUCCGCUCUUGUUAAUGCUGCUGCAGUACCUUCAGUGUGGUUGCUCUCCACCGAUUAUUCCCAACCUUCAAGCCCGUUUCCCUGUGAGUUUACUCAAUCUGUCUCGGCCAUUAUGCAUCUUGGCCGUCGCUUCAAGGACUUCUGGACUCACAUGACUAACUGUCAUCCCUUCCUCCCCCUCCUCCUCCUCCUCCUCCUCCUCCUCCUCCGCCUCCUCCCCUCCCCCUCUUCUCGGUCUGGGCUGUUUUGCGCUCCACUAGCUUCCCCUUCCCCCUCCUUUCGUUCCCUUCCAUUGAUUUGUGUGUUAUCGUUUUCAGAAGGGCUAAACUAAGCUGUUUACACGCCUACGAAACUCGCCCAAGUAGAUGAGUCCUCUCUGUUAACCCAGUCGCAGGCUACUGGAAGCGUUCACAGGUCCUGGAAGAAGGAUCCGCCCCGGGAAGACGAGUUUACUGACUAGCCUAGCUGACGACCGUCCCGCGCGCCCACGGAAGGCGGGUAGUGGGACGACGUCCAGCAAAGGUUGGUCGCAAACUAAGUAGGCUGUCGGGCCUGACGGAUAUGCAGUCGCGGACCAGAACACCGGAGCCUUAAGUCGGAUCCAUUGAUUGACUUUUAAAAUACCACAAAACCUGAGGAUGACCCUUUGAACCUCAGUUAAAGAACCAUACUUGCUAACGUUGCCGGGCAUCCAGGUUCCUGAUCCAAGGCACUUAAUCAGACAAUCUCGACCAAGCAAUCCAGACGGCUGUUUGAUCCCUGCCUAUAAUCAAAAUUCUCAAGAAACCUAAUGCAUAAAGUGCCUGUAAACGCUAUUACGAUUCAUACUAUGGCAACCUUCGGAACUGUCGAUUUCUUCAGUCCUAAUUAAUUGAUGCAGACGUGUAGUAUGUAAGCUGGGAUACUCAAUCGAAAAGGGAUCUUUUGGUGUUGGACACUGGGACAUGUGGACAUUCCAUGGCACAUGUUCUCAACGUUGAAUAGCUCGCCAUCAUAGUACGAGAUGGGUGUCUGUUGUCCGCCUACAGUUUCUGGCAAGGAGUUUGUUGUCCUAGAAAUUAAUGACUGUCAGUGUAAAGAAGUGGACAGUGGAUGCAUUCCGCUGACAGACGGAUGCAGAGGUCCUCGAAAGAUUAUACCCGUCGGCACUGAAGUUAAACUUGCAUUUCCUACUCGAGGACCGGUCUCAUUUGACGGAGACGGUCUUUUCUUGGCCACCUACAAAAUUGCGAGCUUAAACUCCGUCGGGAAGUUUUGACGUUUUUUCGUACUGUUUGCGUUGCAUUGUUCGCAGUCGCUUACGCACCGCUCUGAUAAGCGCUCUGAAGCCCUGUAUAGACUUAAAGUGGGCUUGUCUUAUUGUCGCGCCUAGUUAAGACAACUGACUUUUUGCAUGGGAACCGAUAUCCAACGCCAGUUUUUGUUUGCAACGUCAUGCAGUAGAAAGUAGAGUCCUAGAGAGUGCCUGCGUUUGUAAUGCCAUUUACCAAGCCGGGUUCGUUUGGCUGUAGGUUGAAUGUUGACCUCCUUGCGAAUGAUUACGCAAGGUUUUCAGGCCUUCACAGAACGCGACCAAACCAUUCCGGUGCGUUUGUCUGGCUGUAUUCCGGGCCGGCAUUACGAUUCUACCUUGACAGCAAAUCCAGAGAAUGGAGCGCAAAUACCAUCGGUCAAAUACAUCCAGGCGAUAGACACCUUCUGAGCAAAUAGGCCGUGCCUUACAUCCGUGCAUGAUUGUUUUGACCGCGGCUCCGUGUGUUGGCGCCUUGGUCUUUAGGUUGAACUCUUGCUCCUAAAAUGGACCACGCGGUAGAUGGGCUGGACCAACACGGAGGCUAAAUCGGAUUCUGGCAGGCGUUAUCGAGAAGGCACACCCUUAGACAAAUGCCAACAUUCGGGAUGCGGUGACAGGCCCAGUUGCCGACCCUCGUCGAGCCAAUUGGGGUCCGUUCUGCCUCCUACUUUUGUUGUGGUUAGCAUCAUCAGGGGUGUGGAGUUACGCGUAGGGUCGGGUUUACGUCGUGCCAGCCACCUGCGCCCUCUCCCACCUCUGGCUUCCUUGUCUUUGUCUUGGCACCGGAUCUAGGUGGGGGAGAAGGACUGAGUGCGGUAGAUGCUGUGCAAGUCCACUGCCACUAUAAACUAAUUCACGCGCAAGUCACCGUUCCUGCCGUCGCCCUGCUGUGGAGCACACGGUGGACAUAGUCGGGUGCGACGGUCGCACUGUCGUCUUCAGGGUAAACUCACUUCGACUCCAGAGGUUCCAGACACGCCUCGGUGUUUGAAGUCGCCUUUGUCUCCCCAAGCAGUUGUAGUACUCGUACAGUUCAACGAAUGUAAAGUUUAUGAACUGUUGUUCGAUUGCGGCAAAAAGCACUUUGUCAAAUCACCUCGGCAUACAAAGUGGAUUUUUCUUCUACGCUCUCCUAACGUUCUUACAGAAAUGCCGCCUAGGCGUAAUCAUUGAUUCUUCGUCUUGAUAUGCUUCUGGUCUUUUUCCGGCCUGCAGUUUUUUCCUCUGUCAUGGAUGGCCUGCCGAAAUCGUCCUUUUGAUUGGACGGUAGUUUGAGACAUUAACCUUUAUGCCAUGAGCCUACGCCAAAGUUGACUAUAAAGCAGAUUCCUGACACUCAUGUCUGGUUCUUUACCCACAGAAACUGUUCAAUUACGAGCGUCCGGUGAAUGAACUGGACAUGCGACUGGAACUGCCCUGGGCGGAACUGCGCAGUAGCAAUACGGCAACCCUGUCCGAACUGUUUGCUGGCUUCAUACAAUACUACAAUAGCUUCGACUUCAACCAAUGGGCCAUCUCCAUAAAGCAUGGCGCCCCAAUGCCCAUUAAUGUGGCCAUCCGCUGCCUGCCGCCGCAUGAGCAGGCGCAUACUACCUCUUCUUUCAAAAUCUUUGUUGAAGGUUUGUCAAAGUCCUUCUGACCUCUUGUUUCACCUAUCUAAAGGUACUUUUGUGCUCGGAAUCGUUUGUGUGACCCGCCGGCAUGAUACAGGAAUGUGGUAACACCCCCCCCCCCUUUUUAUACAGGUGGCCUUGUGCUACAUUCCAGGAAGGACAAAUAUUCCCGUGUCCUAACCCUAACCAUAACCCCGAUCUUAAUCUUAGUCGCAAUUUUCCUAGGAUCUAGCGCAAGGCUACCUGUAUUCCGGGAGGGGGGGAUUCCUGUUCCUCAAUCCAGUCGGCGGCGGGGGGAGAGGACGUAUAAACAAUACCUGCCCAUUAGUUGCCUACAGUGAUUUCCCUAAUUUCUCGCCUUCCCCCACGCAUUCUUUUCCAGCCCACUUUCUUUUCGGCUGAACUUAACCUUCUUCCAGUUCAGAAUUCGCACUAUGUCGCCAAUUUGUUCGGCACUGCUUCUAUUGAUUACUCUCUUUAUACACACCGAGGUUACUGUUGUAUGCAGAAUUGAGCCUUCUCAUAGGAAAACCGCGAUGUACUACUGGUGUUAGUGUUUCAUUCUUGACCUCGACGAUUCUUAGCAUCUACCCCCGCAUUCAGGACUUGAUACGCAGCACUUCCGUUAGCUGACUCGACAAGGACGCAGUAUGCGACCCCACGCAGGGAGCAAAAAGCAGGUCAUCGUGGCAUAGUUUGUUCUCGCCUUUUUUGUAAUUGACCUUUCCGCGCUCUCGUAACUAAGUGGAAUGUAAUCUACUUUUGUGAAAACAAGCCGGAAGAACUGCGAAAGGUGCUCAACGCUUGCUUACACUGUCAGAUAUCUUGAUACCCUCAUCAUUCCUCACAGAUCGGGUUCCUGAUACGUAGGCUCUGUUGUGAGUAGCCAUAGAGAAAUUCGACGCGAGAACGCCAUAUGACCCCCUAACAUUUACCCGAAUAUUCACCAACCAUCACGCUAUCCUUUCCGCCGUCCUGCCCCAUCCAUAAAACCCGUAUUGCAAGAUGACCUGGUUUUUGUUCCCUGAGUGCGGUUGCAUACCGCGUCGUUGUCGCUGACUCCUUAGAUAAAACAAGAGGAAAGAGACACGCAAUGGUCUUUUGUUGGGAUUAAUGUCUUUUUUUUGUAGACCCUAUACAGUAGAUAGUUGACUCCUGCAGUCGCUGUCAGGUCGGACACACAGUGAGUGACCGAUCUCAUGAAAUGUUGGCUGAAAUUCUGAAAUGCGUUUUUGUCUGAGAAGGAUUACUUAGGUGCGGUUGUAAGACUGAUUUUCUUGCGACAUAAUCCUAUAAUAUUUCGAACUCGACAGGAUGUCAGCUUUUGAAUGUACUUCUUUUCGACCUGCAGAGACCGUACUCGGUAAAGAAUAAGGACUUAAGUAGCAUGCAUUUUUCCCAUUGAUUUUUGGUAGUAUUGCAAAUUCAAAUAUAUUUUAUGAAAAACACUGAUAAAAAUGCCGUCUUUUACUCAUUUGAUAGAUAAUAACGUUAUCUUUUUUAUUAUAUCCUCGAAGAAGGAGUAUAAUUAGGUUUUAAAAAAGUUUUCUCAUUCCCGAAUAGUUUGGGGCCUGAUUAGCCGUUACAUUGGUGCUUGCUGAUUUCAGUCCACAAGGUACAUGAGUUCCGUGCAUGGAAAAUCACAUAUUCUUCUAUGCCUUUGAAAAGAUACCAUAUAGAGUCCAUAAAAUUUUGCAAUGGGUGCGGACUAGGUUGUACAUUUCAUGAGGAGCAGUGGUAAACGGACGGAUACGAUGCUCUGUGAAUGGGCAUUCCAAAGUCUUUAAAAAUCUCAUAAUUAGAAACUUCCUAAAACCUAAUUAUACUCCUUCUUCAAGUAAAUAAUAAAAAUAUGACGUGAUUAUCAAUCAAAUGAGUAAAAGAAAGCAUUUUUAUCUGUUUCUCUUGCGAUAUAUUUGACUUUGCAAUAUAAUUGAAAAUCAAUGGGAAAAAUGCAUGCUACUUAAGUAGUAAUUCUUUACCGAGUACGGUUUCUACAGAAGGUCGCAAAGAAAACAUUCGAAAGCUGACAUCCUGCGGAGUCUGAAAUGUUGUAGGAUUAUACCACAAGAUAAUCAGUGCUAGAACCGCGCCUAAGUAAUCCUUCCUAAUCGAAAACGCAUUUCAGAAUUUCGGCCGACAUUUUAUGAGAUCGGUCACGCACUGUAACUGAUGCAUUGCUGAUAUUUAUCUCGCCCCUCCGAAAAUGCUGGCCUGAUAACGGUGUUUGUUGACAACCAGUGUCCCUAGGCUGCCUGAAAUUUCAAACUUUACCCCGGUAAAACACGAGAAAAGGAACCUCCAGGAAGGUCAGGACUAGUGUUAACGUUUUGGUGAAGGUUAGGGUUAGGGUUAAGGCUGAGGUUAGGUUUACGACACAGAAAUACUUAAUCCUCCCGUAAUUUCGUAGAAGGACACUUAUAUGACCAGGAGGUUCCUAUUCCCAUGUUCCGUUUCCUUUUGAGGAAAUUGCUUUUCAAAGCAGCUUACCCUAACUACUGACCCCUUUUUAAUGGCAAACCAUUAGUUAGUAAUUUUUCAAACCCACGUGGACAAACUGCAUCCAUGCCUUUUGGCUUUUGAGUUCAUGCUCCAAGCUCUUGCUGGCGCUCGCAUAAAGGGGGGAGUGGCUCAUCAGUAAUCUAGAUUUCAGACGCAUGCAAUGACCACCUCCGGUGUUUUUUGUGUCGUCGUUUGAUGAUGGGACUGAAUGCUGUACUAGUGUAGCUACGAUUUCACGCUGUAAUUGCAGUACUGACUCGGGUUGUUGUCUGAUGACGCACAUAGACGAGUGGUACCCAUUCCGGUCUUUUUGGCCAUUACUCUAGAGUAAACUUUUUAGGCCUAAAAAGCGAUCUCCUUUUUGAACAUUCAGAAAGGCCUUUUUCUAGAUAUUUAUCGAUGUCCCCUUCUGUGCGAUAGAACCAUUCAGUCAAACGAAUGCUGCGCGCUCUCUCUAUGACGAUAACGUGCUUUCCCUGAUUCAACAAGCAUUCCACCGUACCGACCGAGCCCUUAGACUGCAGAAGCCCCUCGAAUCCAUCUGGGUGAACCCGCGGUCUGACAGCUAA